GCAGUACUGUGAGGAAAGAUUUCAGUGCAGGGUAGCUGUGGGGAUAGUUACAUGUCGAACAGUGGCAAGAGAACGUUUUAACCCUGAACCUCAACUGUCUUGUGUUUUCUCGCAAAUGGUGGUUACAGCCCGUACUAUACUGCAUCCAGCAAGAGGGAUGAAAUGAACCAUGUCAUGAGGAAUGAGGCAAUAGCAACAGCCAGCUUGGAGCCUGUAAAUCAUUCAGGAAAUCACAUCAGCACCUUUCUGUCUUCAUCCCAUGGCAGUCGCCAACUGACUCUGCCCCAUUCUGACAGAUUGCUUGCUCCUCAGAUUCCAAUGUCUCCCAGCACCCUACGCUUGGAUGAAAACCUCCCAAAUCUGCACAUCAAACAGGAAUGGCCACAACUCCUUUCUGACAGUGAAGGGCUUUCGAGUCAUUCUGAGAUUGGGGGUGCCAGCAGUCUGCCAUCAGAGGUUGAGCCAUUAAACUGUGGCAUCGCUGGUUCUUAUUCGUCAUAUUUCUUCAGCAAUGACAGUAGCUCCUCACUGGGGUUUAUGUCCAGUGCCAGCCCUCGUCAAGUGAGUAAACUUCAACUGGGCAAUGGGAAGAAACGAUCCCUUUCCAUUUCGCCUCUUUCGAACGAUGGGCUCGACAUCACCGCCAUCAUUCGCACCUCUCCCACAGCACUUAUCGCUCGGGUCAACGGGUUGAGGAGCAAUCCCAACAGUUUGCUCCCUCAGUCUGGAGGAAGCCGAAAGAACUGCAGUGCGCAGUCCUGCUCUGUAUUCGGCAGCCUGUGCAACUUGGCUUCCCCCAACUCAUCCAUGUCCUCAUGCCCAACACGCAGUGCUGGACAAGAGCAUACCGACGGCAACCAUGUUCCUUUGCAGCAAGUGCAGGAAAACAUGGACCUCAGUCUGGUCACGGGCAACAUGAUCGUUCAACAUGGAGUGACAGAGGGUGGCAAUAAAAUUAACUUUUUCAAGCAUGAGCCCAUUGACGAAUAUUCACAUGAUACAAAACUAUUUCAUCACCACCAUGGUUCUCCUCCCCCAUACCAUUGCCAGCAGCACUUUGGUCAAGCCCAUGGGACCAUACCUCAGUUACACAGACAACUAGCCAAUGGACAGAUUCAACUUGAAGAUGCAGGUGAGCUGGCCAAGAACUUUGGGAAGCAGGUCUGUCGAUGGAUCGAUUGCAGUGCUGUCUAUGACCAGCAGGAGGAGCUGGUGAGGCACAUCGAGAAAAUGCACAUUGACCAGCGUAAAGGAGAGGACUUUACUUGUUUUUGGGCUGGGUGUGUGAGGCGAUACAGGCCCUUUAAUGCUCGCUACAAGCUCCUGAUACACAUGAGGGUUCAUUCUGGAGAAAAGCCUAAUAAAUGCAUGUUUGAAGGCUGUAAUAAGGCAUUUUCUCGACUAGAAAAUCUCAAGAUCCACCUGCGGAGCCAUACUGGGGAGAAACCUUACCUUUGCCAGCACAGCGGCUGCCAGAAAGCUUUCAGCAACUCCAGUGAUCGUGCUAAACACCAGCGAACACACCUGGACACAAAACCAUAUGCUUGUCAGAUCCCAGGAUGCACAAAGCGCUAUACUGAUCCAAGCUCAUUGAGGAAGCAUGUCAAAGCACACUCUGCCAAACAGCAACAGGUGCAUAAGAAGCUGCGGUCGGGCACUGAACUUGAACAGGAUGUGAUGAACGAUUGCCCAACUAUUCAACCUCUUCACCCAGCAACUUCGCCAUGCAGUGUAACAAGCAACACUAUCGGAAGAACUUUAGUGGUCAACCAUGAGCUAUAUCCAGGGAUGUACAGUUGUUCUCCCACCAGCCGUAACGGGCCAGCAGCACCUAUUUUAUCAUCUCCACAGCUCACCCGAAGUUUGUCUUCUGACUGCCAUUCUAUUGAAGUGGACCUGCACAGCCCACAUGGUCACCUUACACAACUACCCAAAGUGGAAGACUCAAAAUUAGGGGAUGGACCUGGUGUUCUUCCUUUCACUACUCGAGUCAAUCCAAUGAAAAUGGUAGCCCCAGCAUUGCUGCAGAAACAUGGUUCUCACUCACCUCAGCCAUCCAACAACCAACUCAACAGAGGGCACCAUAAAUCGUACCCAGUCUUUCAAAGCCAACUGAUGCAACCCAUUCAAGCAGGUUACCAAGGAAGCUUUCAUGCCAUGCAGCACACCUCCCAGUACAGUGACUCAUUUAGAACAAUGGAACAAACUGCUAUUCACAAUUCCCUUUCAGCAGACAAUUCACACUGCCCUAGUCCAGCUCAGCAUAAUGGCUACCAUUCACGUGUUGCACAUGCAAGUCUAUCAGGGUUUGACAUUGUCCCGGAAUCUCAAGACACAUUCGGAGAAACACUUCGUAAUGAAACAGAAGACAAUGAACUCUUCCAGAUCAGCACUGUUGACCGUUGUCUGAGUCAGCUGUCCUCUGUUUAUACACAGACCUGAAAUCAAUAUCUUUCAGCUGUUUCAUUAUUUUUGAACCAAUAACUGCCUGACAUGCCUCUGCUCAAGUUAUAUACAAAACUAACAAUGAUAUUGGAUUAGCCAAAAUAUGUUAUUACAUUUCAACAAGCAUAAUCUACUAUCCAACUCCAAAUGCUGACCAUCCAAAGUGAAAUGAUUAUAGGUGGGUAUUAUAGCAAGCACACAAUCCUCAUGAGCCUAUCACUACAUAUUAACAAAAUCAGCACAGCUACCAUUGUGAGUUUCAGCAUCAAAUGUUAUAUAUAUUUCUUUCUGUUUAUGAAUAAAUGACUGGAAGAAACCAAAACCUUUGACCUAUGGUUAGAGUCCCUUUCAAAGCUGUAACUGUUUUGCUCCAAAUUGAAAUGUCCAAAAGGUAACCAUAUCUGCAUUUUAUUUAAUGUGUGACACUAAGCUCAAGCAAGAUCAUCACUAUAAAUGUAUUUCUGUUUUAUAAUAAAUGACUAGAAGAAACCAAAAUCUUUGACGUAUGGUUAGGGUCCCUUUUAAAGCUGCCACUGUUUUGUUCCAAACUGAAAUGUCCAAAAAGUAACCAUAUCUGCAUAUUAUUUAAUGUGUGACACAUUGCAUUUCUGUGCUAAUCUAAUGAACAGGGAUACUUUUGUAAUGCUAAGAACAUUUAAACAAAUAUGAAAUAAUGAGAAAUAACUUGUUCUGCCAUGCCUUGCACCCUUCUGAACAUCAUCUGUUGAUGCCAUUGCAUCCAUCCAUCCAUCCAGAGGGAAUGUUUCAUACUUCCAAUCUACCAACUGUAAUCAAACUAAUCCAACUACAUUUUCAUCCUCACGAUUAAAUAUUGGCCUGGGAUCAACAACUGUGUUUGUACAUCACAAACUAAAUUCAAGAGAAUUAAUCAAUCUCAGCAUCUACUGUGAUGGAGGCACACAUUUCAUAAUCAUGUUUUUAAUUUGUUUAUAUGUAAUUGUUUUAAAGGUAAACUCAGAAAAAGUUGGAUAUAUACAACGUCAACCAGUAUCUCAAGGAGGGCAUUAUUUUAAGGUGUCAUACUGAUAAAAUGUCACAUAAUUUUGAUAUUUUCCAAAGUCUUGAUCCUUCCAUCUUUCUUUGUAUCUAACAUAUCUUUAAAAUCUAUGUGUACGUGUUUAACCAAGAUUUUAGUUAUACUUCAAUCUUGCCUUUGGCUUGAUUACUCUUUCCUAUCAUUCUAGGAAGCGCAUUAACAUGUUUCGCUGCAUUAAAGAUGCUACAUAAAAUAAAGUUUUUGCUGUCUUUUCCAGUGUCUGGCUUGCUGAGCACUUCUUAGGACUUUCUCUCAUUUCAGAUUUACAACAUUUGCAAUGUUAAUUUAAACAAUCAACAUGAAAUAUGUUGUUGCUAUUGCACUUUUGAUACUAAUGCUUCAGGCAUCCAGAUGUGCAAACAGAGCAGCCUAUUUUGUAACUGUUGUUAAUCACUUUUUUCUGGCUAUGGUCAAAUGUAAAAUAAUAUGGGUAUAAGUUUGUAAAGAAUGUUACAUAUAAAAAAUUCUCAAUGUCUUAAAGGUUUUCAUAUUUGCUCUUUUUGUACAAAAUGUUCACAUCAACAUAAUGUACAUAGCUUAUGUAACAAUUUGAGUAUUAAUAUGACAUUUUGCAAUUUAUAUAACUUUUGUUGAAUAGAUUAUUAAAAGUUGUUAUUAAUGGAGA